ACCAAGUCUAAAGUGGAGUCCACACAAUACACAUAGCAGGUCACAGAAGGCAGCUUGGAGAGGACAAGCGGCUGAAUCGUAGCUCCAGAUUCUUCCCUUACCUUUCCUCUGCCUCCGUAUUCCGGUGAAAUUUGGGCUGAUAUAACAAUUAAGAGGCUCUCCUUCGUUAAUUAUGCUUUUAAUCUUGCUUAGAACUUCCCACCUUUUCCUAAUUCCUUCAUUAUUUCAGCCAUGUUCAGAAUUUUGAUAUUUGGAAAUAUUAGGAGAAGUACAAGUUCAGCUACAAAAAGCCAUACAAGAAGAUACUCGGAGUUACAAAGGGAUGUACCAUAUGCCAUAUAUGAAUCGCGUGUGCUCAAACAGUAUAAACAUUACCAUACAUAUAAAGAUUUGCAAUCCAGUAUCAGAAACAGUUCUCUCUCAUAUGCAAGUAAUAGUGUGAUACAUAAUGCUCAAAUGCAAUGGAAGAGAGUUUUGCAAAAGAAGCUUUACAGUUGCUCUGCAUCUCUCAUUGUCAGUAGACUUGCGAAAGCUUUCAGCUUAGCUUCAAUGAGGUAUCAUGUUCUGAUUCAUGGUGCUUUUGGGCUAAUAUGUGGAGGGCUAAGAAUGACCCAGGCUGCAUGUGCAGAAUUAGACUGUUUACCUUCUGGAAAUUCUGUAUAUUAUUCUACUGAAGAUAGACAGGCCUACAUGACUAUCUUAUUCUCAGCCAUACUAGAAGUUCUUGUUUUGCUUAUGAGAACUCUUUAUCUGGCAGUUCUGUUCUCACCAAGCAUAUUAAUGGCUCCGUUUGCAGAUAGUUUUGGUCCUGAAUUCAGAAAAUUGUGGCUUCGGGUUCUUCAUCAAACUCUAAGACAAGCUGGUCCAGCAUUUAUAAAAUGGGGCCAGUGGGCAGCAACACGACCAGAUCUUUUCCCUGGUGAUUUAUGUUCUGAGUUAGCAGAGCUCCAAAGCAAAGCACCAGAACAUAGCUUUGAACAUACAAGAAGAACUAUUGAAAAAGCAUUUGGCCGGACGAUUUGUGAAAUUUUUGAUAGUUUUGAGGCCAUACCUGUUGCGUCUGGCAGUAUAGCUCAAGUGCACCGGGCAACUUUGAAGUUUCGGUACCCUGGUCAAAAGGUCAAGCCUAUUGAAGUAGCAGUGAAGGUCAGGCAUCCUGGGGUUAGUGAGUCAAUCAGGAGAGAUUUUGUUAUCAUUAAUGCAGCUGCUAGAAUAUCAAAUUUCAUACCAGCAUUGAAGUGGCUGAGACUAGACGAAAGUGUGAAGCAAUUUUCUGUUUUUAUGAUGUCACAAGUUGACCUUGCAAGAGAAGCUGCGCAUUUAAACCGUUUCAUCUACAACUUUCGCAGAUGGAGGAAUGUAUCCUUCCCAAAGCCUGUUUACCCACUUGUUCAUCCUACUGUGUUAGUCGAAUCGUUUGAGCAAGGAGAGAGUGUGGCUCAUUUUGUUGACGAACUUGAAGGGCGUAACCGUAUUAAAGCAGCACUUGCUGACAUUGGCACUCAUGCUCUUCUGAAGAUGAUGUUGGUGGACAACUUCAUUCAUGCGGACAUGCAUCCUGGCAAUAUCCUUGUUAGAGUAGCUCAAAACAAGUCUCCUCGAAAGCGGCUAGUGAAGUCAAAGCCUCAUCUCGUUUUCCUUGAUGUGGGCAUGACAGCGGAACUUUCUAAAAGUGAUCGAGUAAAUUUGUUGGAGUUCUUUAAGGCUGUUGCUCGUCGGGAUGGACGCACUGCUGCUGAGUGUACCCUUCAAUUGUCGAAGCAACAGAGUUGUCCAAAUCCAAAGGCCUUCAUUGAGGAGGUCAAGGAAUCAUUUGAUUUCUGGGGUACCCCAGAAGGUGACUCGAUUCAUCCAGCUGACUGUAUGCAUCAUUUACUCGAGCAAGUCAGGCGUCAUAGAGUUAACGUUGAUGGCAACGUCUGCACUGUAAUUGUUACAACUCUGGUCCUUGAGGGUUGGCAGCGUAAGCUUGAUCCUGGCUACGACAUGAUGCACACACUACAGACGUUGUUAUUCAAAGCUGACUGGGCAGAGUCCCUUGCAUACACCAUUGAAGGAAUCAUGGCUCCUUAGCAGCUUCUUUACUGCAUCCCCAGGACAUCUUGUGGUAGUUAAAUCUACCCAAACAAUUUUGUAAGCAAUAAGAUCAAAGCAACAUAGGUCCUUUUUUUUUUUGUCUUGAUUCAAUUUUGUUGUACAUAUUCCCGGUACUAGUGAAAAAGGUAGGGUCUCGGGUGGUUCAGGUGCGGGCGGAGAGAAGGUGGGCGACAGAUCAUUGAUGGUCGCAGGGAGUUGUUUGAGACGAGUCACCUUUGUAAAGCCAUUUAUUUGACAUCUAAUCUUAAAUGUAUCUAUUGAUGAGGAGAAACAGAGGUGUUCUGUCCUUGCCAUCUUACAGAAGUUUUCAGGUGUGCUACUAAAUA